AUGGCCGCAACGGGAUAUCCACCGCAGAACGGCGACGCGCAGUACAGCACCAACUCGCAGUCUCCACCAAAAGCACAGUCGGCCGGUCCACCAUCCCACCAACGCACGUAUCAGGCUUGUAUACCAUGCAGACAACGCAAGGUUCGCUGCGAUCUGGGAUCCGUGGAUAGWCCCCACGACCCACCAUGCACGCGCUGUCGACGAGAGGCCAAAGAAUGCUACUUCUCCGCCACACGGCGCAAGAAGAAGAGUGCAAAUGGCGAAAUUACGGGUUCGGAUGCGGGUGACGAAACCCCAUAUGAGAUUCGUAGCAAUAGGAAAAGACAACGGACGUCCGCUCCACCAGAUCCAGAGAUUGUCGAGCGGGAGGAUGUCGAAUACGAGGAGCCACCCCGCACUCCAGGCGGUUCGAUAGGACGUACGCAGCCCUUGCGGAGGCCGCCUGCGCCCAAGUCGGUGCAGUAUGGUGAAGAGGAUGAGAAGGCGAGCGAGCAGACUGCGGCAAUCCUGCAACAGGCGGAGAUACAUGGCGGCCACGAUGCUCUCAAGCUGCUGUACAGCGCCGCCGUACACGGCAGGGCUGACAGUUCAGCCAGCAGCGCCGCACGCCCCGCUUUCAAUGGUUUCACGGCAGCCUCUCUGCCACCAUCGACUAGCCCGAUCUUGGAGAAGAAUGUGAGUUACACCAAUGGCCCUCUGGCCAUGUUCCAAAAUGACGGGCUGUGGAAAACAACCACAGAUCGAGCUGCCUCAAGAAACGGCUCUUUCCCUGAAGCUAUGCCAAACGACCCCAAUUCGUAUGCAUCCGCUCUGAAAGCGUGGACCCGAUUCCGAUUUGUACGUGCUGGUUGGUUCACUGCCCAAGAGGGCAUCGACUACAUUCUGUACUUUUAUAAGCACCUGGCGCCACUUACACCAGUAGCGCUWCCCGACUUUCGCCAGCCUGGGAGUCACCGGAAGAUGCUCGAGGAGGAGCCUAUGCUGACUGUAUCAAUGCUUACCAUCGCUUCUCGCCACAUGAAGUUUGAGGGACCAGGCUCUCAAAGCCGUCCGUACGCCAUUCACCAGAAACUCUGGGAUUACCUCUCCGGUAUGAUAGACCGUGUAGUAUGGGGACAGGAGCAAUUCGGUGGAGGUUUCUGUGGUGCUGGUGCGCAACCUGGUUGCGAUGUACACCCUCUUACCCGCAAAGGGCUGCGGACCUUGGGAACUGUUGAGUCUUUGGUGUUGCUCACAGAGUGGCACCCUCGAGCCAUGCACUUCCCACCAGACGAGGACGACGAUGACCUCAUGAUUCCCGAAGUGCCGUACGGAGUGCCAGGGAUGGCAGCCUCAGGAGGAGGCAAGGGAAUCGGAGGGCAUCGCAUGGACGCCUGGCUCGAGCCUUGCUGGCGGAGUGAUCGCAUGUGCUGGAUGCUUCUCGGAAUGGCAAUGUCUCUUGCCAUGGAGAUUGGUGUUUUCGACAAGAGCGAAUGGCAGCGUCAUGCCCGCGCUCCAGAUGGUCAGCCUUUAUCAGCAGCGGACAUGUCUUCCUACGACAAGCGGCGUGGGAAUGUUCGGGACCUCCUUCUGGUUUACGUGACUCAAACUAGUGGGCGUCUAGGUUUGACGUCGAUGCUUCCGGGAUACUACAGUAAGCCAGAUGACAGCGAUUUGUACAAGCGGCAGGUCGGUCAGCAGGACAGCAUUCAGGAGGUCACACUUCACUUCUGGUUGCGAAUGGCAUCUGUCAUGCGUGAAGGAAACAACAAGAUCUUCGCCAACAAGGCCUUCACCCGCGAUCUGAUCCGGAAUGGUAAUUACCAGGCUGCGCUCGCACAGCUUCAGCCUCUACUCCAAGACUGGCGGCAGGACUUUGACGCUUGCCAAUCGAUCCCUAAACAUAUGCGGGCUAUCCUUGAGAUUGAGUAUGAGUAUUGUCGUGUCUAUCUCAACGCAUUGGCGCUACAGGCUGUCGCUGAACGUUGCGCAAAUGAUCAUCCUUCACCAGUGCAGGUUGUGGACCCCCCUCUGGAGAUGGCACGUGCUGCUGCCGCCGCCGGUGGACGGCCUGACAUUGCCAUAGCCCCUUCGACCUUGUCGAAGUGGCUCGGGGGAGAUCGACACUACAUUGUCAUUGUAGGCGAUGCUUCCCGGAACCUGCUCAAGAUUGUUGUCGAAGACCUCUUUCCGGACGGCUUCCUACGCCAUGCUCCUGUCCGCACCUACUUCCGCAUCAUCAGUGUUGCCAUCAUGUUGCUCAAGUCGUUCUCGCUCGGAGCGACCGAAAGUGAUGUCACCGAAUCUCUGACCCUCAUGGACCGCACUGUCGAGGCACUUAGAACUUGCAUCGUCGACGAUGUCCACGUAGCUAGUCGCUUCGCGGAUCUGCUUGACACGCUGACUCAGAAUCUCAAACCACGUCUGGUCCGAAUCGCCGCUGAUGGCCGUGCUGGCCGAAGUCGUCGCGCAAGUAAUGUCGGUGAUCUGGGGAUCUCUCACGCUGUUCAGUCCCCGUUCGGAACAUCGAACGUUAGACAGCAAGGCCAGCCGCAACAGGCCCAAGCAAGCGCCGGAGCGACGCCGAACCCGAACCCCUGGAAUUACAACAACGUUAUGCUUCCUCCCUCAACGGUUGCGAACAACCAUCCACUUUACGGCAUUUMUAAUGAUACUUACGACUUGACGGGGAGUGAAAAUACAUAUUCUGUCAUGCCCCCUCCAGGAUUCGGCACGAAUUCGCCCAAUGGAAUCUCCAACAUGGGCUCUGGUUCUGGAGGUGGAAGCUAUGAUCCGUAUGGCAUGUCAAAUGGCUUCGACAAUCCACAAAUGCAGGAUUGGCUGGCGCUUCCAUUGGAUCCACUUUUGAACAUUUCCGGUGCAGACGUCGACCAGACAAUGUACGGUCCGCAGCUUGGCGGGCAAGAUAUGCUGGAGCUACUUCUCAAUUCGACUACGCAUGGCGGAUUCCAUUGA